CUGUCCUGGAGUAGGAACUGUCCGGCGCUCGGUUCUGACUUUCAUUCUCUGGAGAUGUCGCAACUGGCUGCUGUGUCCUGCGGGGUGUCCGUCCUCCUCCUCCACCUCGUCCUGCUGUGGGUGCCCCCCUCCCGGGCACACAUCCCCCCGCACAACGAGACGGCCCGGGUGGCGCGCUUCGUGGCCCAUCACUGCGACUGGGGCGCCCUGGCCACCAUCUCCAGCCAUGAGCCCGUCAGGGGCCAACCCUUUGCUAACAUUUUCUCGGUCAGUGACGGUUCCCGGGGCCACGGCAGCGGAGUCCCCUACUUCUACCUGACCACCAUGGAGAUCUCCGUCCAGGACCUGCAGGAGAAUGCAAAUACCUCGCUGACCAUGUCUCUGGCCCAGACUCCUUAUUGCAGAGAGAGGCACUUCGAUCCGCAAAGUCCACUUUGUGCUCAUGUUAUAUUCUCCGGAGUCAUUGAGAAGGUGGAUGACAAGGAAAAUGCCACAGCCAAGCAUGCUUUGUUCAGCCGGCACCCAGAGAUGGCCAAAUGGCCCCAUGACCACAACUGGUUCUUUGCCAAACUCAACAUCACCAACAUCUGGGUAUUGGACUACUUUGGGGGAAUCAAAACUGUGACACCAGACGAGUACUACAAGGCCAAACCAUGGUAAGUGUACUUCUG